AUGGAGCUGCCACUUCAGCUUACGGUGAAGCCUGAGCCACACGUGCUGCUUGUUUCGACCCUUCCAGCCGCCUCAGCCGCCCUGCACGCGUCUCUCACGGCCGGCCAAACCGUCAGGAGUUAUGCGGCGGUCCACUUCGAAGGUCCGGCCCCCGACUUCUCUGAUAUCAGGACCGUCCCGGCUGCCCUUCCGCCUCUGCCAAACGCUGGUGGCAUGCUCGGCGGCCGCCCCUCCUUUGCCGCUCGACAAGGGGGCCACGACUUCGUGUUUGAUUACGGCCUGGCCUUCAAUCUACGACAAGCAGACGCCUUCACUCGGAGUGGUUUUGGCUGCGCUUGCAUUGGCAGCACGUGCCACGGGAAGAAUCCCAUCUACGUUCGCGGACGGGAGCCUUUUAUCUGGGAGCGAAAGCGCAAUCGGGGUGGGGCGCUGAUCUGCCCAGGGGCUGGUGGCCAUCUUCUGUGCCUUCGCUGCGUAGAGGCCGAGUACGACAAAGGGCGGCCCUUUGUGACGGCCGAGACGGGGAAUUCGGUCUCCAAGGAGGACCUUGUCACCAAGUUCGAGGUCUUUCCUGACAAGAAGGAGAUGCGGCAGGUGCAGUCGGGGGAGGCGGUCGAAGAAGGGGGACACCAAUUCUUCGUGCAGAGGCGCGACCUCGCUUCGUGCCCGCACUGCACCGAGCCCAAGGGGACUUCGAGGCGCGGGGUGAAGAGGGCGCUGGAAGAAGGGCCGGCGCCAUCGGAGCUUGGGUCCAUGGGCAUCUUGUUGGAGCUCAAAGGGAGCAAGGUCCCCCCGACGGCCAUUGCCCCCGGCCUCUUUCUGGUCCCGCAGAUCGAACGAUCGAAGGGGCGCCUCCUCGACAUCACGGUGACUGAAAGGGGGCUCGUGAACGCACCUCGGCUCGUGAAAGUCGACCACACGGGAAAGUUCAUGUGCCUGUGCGGACAGAGGGGUUGCCGAGAUCACGAAGUGGGCUUCCUGGAGGAGACCCGUCGGAUGGACGACUGGUGGCAGGGUGGGGUUCCGAACUUUGCGGCAUUCGAAGAGAGCCGGCCCUUUGCACGAGAGAUCACGAGCAACCUGCCGUGGGUCUUGCCGGUCGAUCAGAGCGGACGGAUCGGGGCGGUCCUCACAGACAUGGACGCCGCGGCAUGGCGGGGCGGACGGCAGGUGCGGAUUUUUGUGCUGUGCGACGAGGGGGAGCAGCCGAUACUCUGCGUGCAAGCGGGCGAGAUUGAGCACUGCAGCCACGUUGACUGCAGAGGCUUAAAGCGAUGUCGACACCUCCUGAGGUUGCUCACGGAGCCGCAGCCACUCGGCAGCAGUCUUGUGGCUGCUGAGAAGGGCCAGCAGAAGGUCAACGAGAAGCGGGCAGAGAGGCUCUCGCAACGAGAAGCUGGAGCGAGGUGGCUUCUCGUUUGCAACCACCCCGUGUGUCGCCGACCGGGCUUCAAGGCCGCCUGCACCCACCAGGAUUCGCUCGAGCCCUGGAAGUGCCUCCCUGCUGCCGCACUUGACACGGGCCACAGCCACAAGCACAUCGACACGGUCAUGAGCAGAGGAGGGGCGACUGUCAUGAGCCUCUGCGAGCGUUGGGGCGCGGAGGGAGUCAGACAACGCAACGAGGCUCAACAUUUCUUCGCCCCACGGCCCAGCAACCCACUGGCUCCAUGCGGCCGGCCGUGGAAGCUAGAGAGCCGCAAAGGGUCGCUGACAACCGCUGGAGCGCGCUACGAGGUCACCACAUUUCGGAGGGUCUGCCGCAUUGCCCCCGGACGAGAGGCGGCUUGCUGCUCGCUCGCCUACGACGGCUUGUUUACGAACACGGAGGAGAUGUCUUUGGAUUGUGACUUCGAUGAACUAGUUGACAUAGAGGCGAUGUCAAAGAAGCAAGCUCUGAACAUGUUGUACGGUUUUAUCGUGAGAGGAUCGUGGGGAAGAGCCCGUAUAUCCAAUCUGAAGUGUUGCAACGAGGACGCGCCCAGGGGCGAGUCGGACGACUAUUCCGACACCGAAAACUCGGACGGCGAAGACCGAGUGGAUGACCUGAGGCCCGAUUCAGAGAUUGUGAAGGACUUCUUUCCUGAUUCCAGGUCCCUGGAUGCAUUCGUCAGCAUGAUGACUUCAUACAAGAAGGAUCUAGCAACCUUCUGUGCAGAGUACAAUCAGAGUCAGGAGGAUGGCAUCUUCAACUUCUCUGGGACGACCCUGAUUUCCCACGGCCUCCUGCUGCGCAACCACUACGCUGCGGCCCUGGGAGCGGCGCACAGCCUCAACUUCGAGGCAAACGACAUGGCUGCGAGGUGCCUUGAGGGGCCGAGCGUCCCUCGGCUGGACGAUCGGGUGUUCGACUCGGCCAUGCAGGCCUUCAAUGUGACGUCUGCCCUAAAGCCUCAGCUAUAA